AUGAUGCCCGCUGGCGUACCUCCUCAACCGCAGCAGCAACAGCAGCAGCAGCAGAUUUCACCGCCUGCGCCGACUGCCGGCCCAUCCACGGCGCCUCCCACCCACUCGCCCCCGUCAGGCAUGGCGUUGGACGAGACCGCAGAAGGCCGCAAAGCUAAGCGCGAGCUGUCGCAAUCCAAGCGCGCCGCCCAGAACCGAGCUGCUCAGAGAGCUUUCCGCCAGCGCAAGGAGGGAUACAUCAAGAAGCUUGAGCAGCAGGUCAGAGACUACAUGGAGAUGGAGCAGCAGUACAAGGCGAUGCAAUCAGAGAACUACGCAUUGCGCGAGUACGUGAUUCAUCUUCAGUCACGCUUGCUUGAUGUUCAGGGCGAAGUCCCUCAGCCUCCUCCCAACGUCAACCUCCAGCACCCGCCCAUGCCAGCUCCUGCCGUUCCCACGAGUGGCCCGGAAAUCACGCCCGGCAAUGCGGGCGCUGGCCCCCUCGAAGCUGUUGCGCAGGCAGUGGCCGGCCUGCAGGCCCAGGAACAGCUUGCAGAGAGGCAGCAGUUCACAAGCAAAGGUUUCCAGUCUGAGCAGAUGAAGGAGGAAACGCGACGGGAGGGCGAGGAGAUUGAUCCCCAACUGCCGGAUAGCCUUCCCGCCCCGACCGCUUCUAUGUGA